GCGCAUGCGCGCUGUGGAGUGUCAGGGCGGCAAGAUGGCGGCCCUCAGAGCGGGUCUCCUAACCCGACCUCUUAUUAAAGGAAAAACACCGAGAAUCUCUGAAAUUGUCCUCGGAACAAGAGCAGCCUCUGGUGGUUCGAAGGACAUGAUGCCCGGCCCGUACCCAAAAACCCCAGAAGAGAGGGCGGCAGCGGCCAAGAAAUACAACAUGACGCUGGAGGAUUACCAGCCUUUUCCAGAUGACGGCCAGGGGUAUGGUGAUUACCCGAUGCUGCCAAACCGAUCGCAGCACGAGAGAGACCCCUGGUAUCAGUGGGACCAUCCUGAUCUGAGGAGGAACUGGGGAGAGCCGAUGCACUAUGACUUUGACAUGUACAUCAGGAACAGGGUGGACACGUCUCCGAGCCCGGUGGACUGGAGGACCAUGCGUAACACCCUGCUGGGCUUCCUGGGCUUCAUGGGGCUGAUGUUCGGCUUGGGCGAGAUGUUCCCCUGCUACCAGCCUGUGGCACCUAAACAGUAUCCUUACAACAACCUGUAUCUGGAGAGAGGCGGAGACCCGGAGAAACAACCAGAACCUGCCAGUCAUUAUGAAAUCUAAUGCUAGAAGCCUGUCUGUUCCAUAACUUGUGUAUAUUUCUGUCUCUCUAAUAAAGUUAACUUAAAACGAAA